CGAGCAUAAACGACAUAUUCAAAUCCCCAACAAGAACAAGAACCUCCAACAACAGUGACCAAAGGAGCCUGGUCACAGUGCAAAGAAGAGGCUAGCCAUAGUACCCAGAGGAGCCUGUAGCUAGCCGGUUCCUACACAACCUUUCUUAAGAUAGCCAAGAGGAACUUCGCCACAGUGCACAGUCCCCGGAGAGAGACUUAUCCUGGUGCUCUUCCGUAAACAAACAAAUGCGUCGGGGAGGUUUGAGUCUUAUACUAGAUUCUCAGUUAAGGUUAUAAUGGUGCGGAUUCGUGUACUGCUGUAUCUUGGAGUGGCAUUUCUUUUUGUCCUCAUCAUGGCUGCUUUCCAUUCGGAAUCCUUUUCCCUCAAUGCAUUUCUGCACCCAGUUCCUCGUUCACCUCCACUUAAAAAGACAUUUGUUGAAGAUUUCAACAAAGAAACGGUGAAGGCAGACGAUCCCCUUGUGGUGCGGACAUUGAAACAGCAUUUCCUAGUUCCUCCGUCACCCUUGCCAUACAACUUCUCUCAGCCAGACGAGGAGAACCCUUCCAUGGGCCAGGCUCAGAGGAUUGAUUUCCUUCUUAAAGGAAAGCGCAAUGGGUUCUAUGUUGAGUGUGGUGCCCUUGAUGGAGAGCUUCGCUCCAAUACACUUUUCUUUGAGCGGGAGAGAGGCUGGAAAGGACUCUUGAUUGAAGCUGAUCCUAAGAAUUAUGAAAAAAUGGUCAACAAACACAGGAAAGCCUACAUGUCUCCCACCUGUCUGGCUCCAACAUCUCAUCCCACAAUGGUGAUGUUCCAGCAACAAGACAACCAAGGACACAUUGUGGAUGCCUUUGGUGGGGCAGAUUCAAGGACAGUGGUGGAGGUUCAAUGCUUCCCAUUUGCUUCUUACCUGGCUGCCCUUAAUGUCACUACUGUGGAUUACUUCAGCCUGGAUGUGGAAGGAGCUGAAUUUGAUGUGCUCAGAACCAUUCCAUGGGAGAAAGUUGAUAUUAAGACGCUGUCAGUGGAAUUCAUCCAUGACCCAGAAGGGAAGGAUGCCAUUGAGGACUACAUGAGGGGUAAAGGUUACUUUGUGCACUCUGAGGUGCGUCACUACAACUGGCUGGCGAAUGACUUCAUCUUUGUUAAAAAUACCUUGCAAUAAGCCAUACAGUAAUAAGCUGCUUAUAAUUUUUGUAUGUCAGUGCUGUUAUUAAUGAGAAGCGUAAAGGAAGCAUCAGCACAGCUAGAGGCUUGAUGAUACAUGGAUGAAGGUACUCAUUGGUUUUAUUAUUAGGUCAUGCUGUUUUCCUACACUUUUAUCUGUACUUAUGCAAUGUUCUAUGUCUUAUUUAAAAAUAAGUAAGCAUAUUUAAUUUCUUAUGUGCUCUUUUUGAAAUUUUCAUUGUUGUACACUAAGAGUGAACUGGUUUCAUCCAUUGAGAUGAUAUGAGAGACAAAAUCCCUAAAGUUCACAUGAUCGUGAACUGAAAUGAAUUUUUUUAGUCUGAAUGUGUGCAGUACAGCAUUAAUUUCCUAGACUUUUGGUUUUUGAUAUAGGGGAAAUCUUGCUAUAUCUUAGAAAAUAAAGUUAAAUAUUCUUUAUGAAAUUUGAAAAAAAAAAAAAUGCCAGUGAAACUAUCAUGAGUUGGAUGUAUAUGUAUAACAUUUAUUUGCACUGCAGUAAUUUGUGACAUUUAUCAAAAAAUAUGAGCCUUUGGAUUUUUUGGACAAACUUUUUAAUGUGAAAAAUGAAGGAGCCACUGUAAUGUUUUUGAUGAAUAAGGACAUAUAAAUUCAGAGAAAUUCAUGUGCACAGACAAUGUCCAUGUAAGAUAUUUGGCUUUAAGUUCAUACUGAGCCUGCUGCAGAGAUCAUUGCAUUACUUAAUACCAUUACCUCUGCAGCUCAACUAACCCAGUGUACCGGUGGUGGGAGUACUGCUACCCACACAUAGGGGUAGCCACAACCUACAGAUGGGGGCAUAGAUAAUCAUAAUUCUCACACUGGUAGUCACAACCCACCCAGGCAGUCAAUUCACAUGCAGUCACAACCCACCUGUAGUCACAUCCCACAGGGCAUAGACAGUCACAACCCUCCAUGAGUGGUCACACUGUACCCACGGUUACAAUCCAUACACAGAGUACAUACAGUCACAACUCAGGUAUUGUUAUUAUUUUAUUUUACUUAUUUAUUUAUUUAUUUAUUUUAUUUUAUUUAUUUAUUUAUCUAUUUAUUUAUUUAUUUAUUUAUUUAUUUUUUUAUUUUUUAUUUUUUAUUUUUGUACAACCAUACCAGAAACUUUACCUGUGGCUGCUUUAGUUAUGUUGGUACAUAUCACAAAAUAGCAGUUAUAUUCUUUGGCUGUGUGAUACACUACAAGUUGACCUGUUCAGGGUUAAAGAGUUAAAGUGAUCACUGCACAUUCAAGAGUCACAUUAUAUUCAGGUGUUUUAAAAUAUAUUCAGUUAAUUAGUAGUGCACAUGUAUGUAAGGAAACUAACCAUUACAACGGUGAUUCUUAGCUUUUUUUUUUUUUUUCUCAGAAACAUGUAAUACUAAUAUAAUUGGUUUGAGGAAAGAAGUCCAUUGUUCCAGUCAAAGCAGUGAUGAAUUCAAAGUAAUACAGUUCUAGUUAAAAGUGAUGUAUAUAUUUUUCACACACACACACACACACACACACACACACACACACACACACACACACACACACACACACACACACACACACACACACACACACACACACACACACACUAGGUGAAUACAUGCAAUGCUGUGAAAACAUAACUUUUAUAAAAUAUGGUUUGGUAGAAUCACAAAGCUAUUGUCAUCAUUAUUGCCAUCUUCAUGAUCAUGAUCAUCAUUGUCAUCAUUGUUCAUCAUCAUCAUAAUUGUCAUCCUAUACUCUGUAUGAAACUGGGCAAGAGUUCAGGACAUUUUUCAUCUCUUGAGUCUGGACCAAACUGUCUUACUUGAGUGAAUAAAUAGUGGCAUGUGCAUCUUUCACUUCAUUGUUUCAUAACAAUCUUUACAAAAUCUACAACAUAUGUACUUUAAAAUUGGUAUAAUGAGAUUACACAUGAUGUCUUUUAGGCUUAUUGAAAAGAUAUAUUGGUAUUGAUGUGAGCUAAGAAUGUGGAAACAGUGGGUGAGGAUGGUUUGACAAAAAAGUGUCUGAAAAGAAAAUGAAAUAAAACAGUGUAUAAGGGAGACUUCUUUUUAACUGGAUAAUUUGUGGAGGAAUGUUUUGUAAGUGCUAGAGAAAUGUUUGGAAGGAAUGCAUACAAAGACAUUAAUAGUGUGAGAUUUUCCAGAAGUGGCCAGUCCCCUUGGGGCAGGUUCCCAGUGGGGAUGGACUCUUAGAAAUAAGAAUAAAGAAAUAUUGUAUCUAGAUUUUUUGCUGUGAGGUGUGUAAAUUAUAUCAACAAAAACUGGUAAAGCACAGCCAAAUAUCUCUGAAAACCAAUGUCUACUGUAAAACCAAACAAUUUGUAAUUGCUUGAAGCCUGCCAAUUGCUUGAAUUGCUUGAAGUAUGCCAAUUUGAAGAGAGAGAGAGAGAGAGAGAGAGAGAGAGAGAGAGAGAGAGAGAGAGAGAGAGAGAGAGAGAGAGAGAGAGAGAGAGAGAGAGAGAGAGAUGGGGGGGUAGUGUCCCAAAUAGCUUUAAAUAAAAUUGUGCAAUUCACAAAUCAGUGCAAGUUCUAAAGUAUUCAACUCAAAUAAUCUGGAAGUAUGAGGAUAUCUUGCUUCCAGACCAAUAUAAGUUAAAUUCUGUGUAAAACUCAGAUACCCAAGAAGUAGGCUCACAUGCUUAGAUCGCUGAUGUGCUAUGCCUCAUUAACCACUUGUUCUCUCCGUCCUCUGUAUGUUGAUCCUCGUAAAAUUAGUAAUGGUAACCUAAUUAUGUACAUUAUUUAUUAAUAGAUAAAAAGAUGUACUCAAAACUUGUGCAAAAUUCCUGUUUUCCAAAAUGAAGGUAUUUAAUAGGCUUAUAAGGUGGCAUUCCAGAUGUGCUAAUAAUAAUGAUGUCAUUUAUGUAAGUUUAUAUUGUUGAGGCAAUAGAUGAGGCAAGUGUUACAGUCCCUGGAUUGAUCUGUUUAAAUACACUACUUCAGUGUCUGGUAGACAGUGACACAUUUCCAGAGAGGAAUGGCCUGCCAACCUGGACAAAUAUUCCACAUUGGUCACUGUGGCAGCCUGAUGGUGCCGCACAGUGUAACAGAUGUAAUGAACCCCAGCGCUGCACACGGUGCAGUUUAUUUUGAGUGCAGUCAAGCCUGUAAUCAUAUAAAAUGCACAACAAAACAUAUUGAUUUGUUGUACUGUCACGUCUGUAUCAGUUUAAGCUACUCAUUACAAAUGUUAUUAUGUCCUAUCCACUCCACACUGAGUCUCUUAUACACUUACAUAUUGGGGGCUUUGUGAAUGAGCGUGAGCAAUAGGUGAAUGCAGAUCUGUGUGCGGUGGUGGUGAUUACCCUUCUGCUGUCAGGAGUGUUGUGAGCACCACAACACCCAACCAUCACAAGUGUUCAUUUUGGCCCUGUCCCAUAGGUCACCAUCUUUUAGUGUAAACAUCAUCAUCUCCACCCUCACAACUCACUCUUCCAUCUUCUCCUCUACCUUCUCAUCUUCACUCCUUCACUUCCUCCCCUUCCUCCUUCUCAUUUUCACUUCCUCCCCUUUCCCUGCAAACAGUGGAGAACUGUAAGUGGCAGGCACACACACACACACACACACACACACACACACACACACACACACACACACACACACACACACACACACACACACACACACACACACACACACACACACACACACACAAAUAGUGCUUUUUAUCUCAGAAAAUGGUGGGCAUGAUGCCAACUUCAAAUUAUUAUUAUUUCUAAGCUAUAAUUUUCCCCUCAAAAUGAAUGAUUGCUUGAGCAUUCCAUGUGGUUCAAAACCACCUAAACAAUACCUGAUAAAAUGAAUUCCUUUGUAUACAUUGUGUUAUUAGCAUUUAAGAAAGUAUAUUUCUUGGCACCAAAUGCAAUGUUUUUUUUUUUUUUUUUUUUUUGCAUAGAGCCUUUUUCAUAUGCUAUCAUGUAUGUUAUACAAUGUCCUUGUAACUGAUGGAUAUCUGAUACUUUUUUUUUUAUGGCUGGUACAUGUUUUUAGAUGCUGUAUGUGUGUUUUAUUUUUCAAGUAUGUUGAAAUAAAUUAUUUCUUUUUUUAGUAUUUAUGAUUGAUAAUAUGAGGUCUGUUGAAAUGUAUUUGACCUUUGGCCUGAAAACAGAAUUUCUCACUUGGAAGUUCAAAAUCUUAAUCCCUCUCAUACUGAUAUCUGUGAGUGAACACACUGUCAACACCACUGUGACUUUACUCUUCGCUUCUCGUUCACUUUGAUUUCUGGGUCAUAUUCAUUGAUCCACAACUCACCAGUGUUGAUGGAACCCAGGAAGACAGGGCUGCCAUUUGCAGAGUCCAGCAUGUUCUGCAAUGCUUUUAGGCUGUGUUAUUUCUGCUUCAUUGUUAGCUGCUUUGGCACUAAUUUUGCAGACACUCUUUGCAAGUCCAAAUUCUCACUCACUAGUACAUUUCCCACUUGACAUAUAAGUUUGUGGAUGUUGAUAUGAUGGUCCUGCUUGACCAAAGUCUACAUUAGUCACUGACCUUGUCAUAUGGCAUAUGUAUUAAGGACUUAACUGUGUAGAAUAUAAAUUACUGGCCAACAACAUGUAGCCAUCUUUUAACCAGUUUUACUGUUCCUUAAUUUGUGUAAUGUCCAUGGCAUCAUUGCUUAAAGCCUACUGAAUCAUCCUGAUGGUUCCCAUUUGAGUAUUAUCAAGCUUCUGAUAAAAUAUGCAUUACUACUGCUCAAGUCAUUCCAUCUUUUCUUGGACAGUUAAAAUCUGACAGCAUAAAGUACACUCCUUUUCACAGCCAGACUGCCAGUGAUUGAUACUUUCUGCAUAUGAGAAAAAUUCUUGCAUAUGCAUGAAGGUAAUCUUCACCUUCCCACCUGUGGAUGCCUCCCAUGCAAUAUUGUUACCACAAGAAAAUUCAGGUCAGAUAUUCUUUGAACAGACCUUGUAUUUGUAUGUCAACAUGACAAUUCAGUUGAACACUUGAACAGGUAUUUGUAUUGUUGAUAUUAGUAUUUUUUAGUUUUAUUAUGGUUGCUAAUAUGUUUGUUUACAUAAGCUGAUAUCUAAUGAAUGCAUAUAUGUAUUAAUGCCUGAGGUGGGGUACAGAGAGCUACAGCUGGAGCCUGGCUGGUUUUUGUGCCAGACUGGGUCACAUGCUGGGUGCUGCUUCAGCCAGAAAACAGAUUUUUUUUAUCCUCCUCUAAUACAGCAGUCCUUACCUUGCCCUCAGUUUAUCAUGUCAUUCAUCUUAUGGAUGCCUUUCCAUGGCAUAUCAGGCAUGGUCAAAGCCAUUAGAGGUAGACUGCCCACAGUUUGGGAUGGGUCACUCACAUCCCUUAGCUCCCAAAUGAAUUAUUAUUGCCACAGAAUUAUUGUGUAAAGGAUAAAACAUCUUUGUGAGAUCAUUUAUUUAUGUCUCACUAAUUGGACUAACAAUUUACAAAAUUUUUUUUAUUAUGUAACCAUGCUGCAGAAAGUCAUCCAGUCUUCCUUUUAUGUAUCACUAGGUGUUGAACACUUGAUGGUGCAUGAAUGGCAAUCUUCACGGUGUUUGAUGUGUGUCUUCUUGGGAAGUUUGUCAUUGAGGAAGUAAGGUGAAUAUCAGUUUUGAUCAUUGACAUCAUCAUGAUCACUAUUAUCAUCACAUUUUCAUUGUCAUUUUUCAUUGUGUGAAAUGAUGGGUAACCAAUUUUGAUGUGCAUUGUAAGCUAGGUACAAUAAUAGGAGUGGGAUUUGAACCCUUGAUGAACACUCAUAUUCCAUUCUUAGUGUGUCUUUAGUUUCUGUUUUGAAUUAAUAAAAAAAAAAUCAAUGUCAAAAUAACUUGGCAUUUGUACUAUGUACAUAAGAUUGAAAUUUGUGACUUCAUAGUAUAAAAAUAUGACCUAUUAAUUUUUCUGCGUUUGUGUCUGCCAUUCUCUUUUUUCUUUUGUUGUGACGAAGACACAAGUUUAAUGAACUGCACUAAAGGUUUGUGAAAUAUCAGAGGGUAGUGUUGUUUUGCUACAAUUAACAUAGAAGCUGCUAACUGGAGGAGAAACAGUUCUGUAAUAUUCAUGCUUCAUAUCUCAUUUGUUUUAUCACAUGUAUCCAGGACAGAUUAUGGAAAUCAUUACUUGGUUUUAGAGAGUAUUAUUUGACCCGGAGAAGUAUAACACAUGAUGCAGCUAACUUCCAGUAUUCAGACAGUACUAUACUUGCCGGUGUCAGGUCACUCCUUAAUUUAUUAUGUAUGGUCAAAUUUACUUUUUUUUUUUUUUUUAUUAAACAUUGUAACAAUUCACA